UUCCACCAUAUUGAGGCACGCUCGAUAGGUCUAUACAUAAUAUGUAAACGAACUUAGACCGUGAUAAGUGAUAAUCGACAGUGCAUUUAUUAAAUUAACUAAUUAAACGUCGUCGUGACAUAACGAGUGUACCAUUAGAAUCCGAGGAUUAUUAUAAAGUGAAUUAAAUUCUGUGAGAUGUGGUGACUAUCGGUGUGAUCAAGCAUACCGAUCGAUUUCGAUAUCGUCCAACGCCAUUUUUCUUGUUUUUAUCAAAAAAUUCAAAACAAAAAGAUUAGACGCUUCAACUUCUAGUCUGUUAAUUAAAUACGACGAUGCGUAAAGUGAUGUUAAAAAUCUGUUAAAUUUUUCUAUUAUGGGAAGAAACGGUGGAAUAAUAAGUAAACGUGAAUUUGAGUUUAUGAUGUGUUUGUACGUAUCUGUAUAGACGUUCACGUGAUCAAACAAGUUGUGUUUGUGCACGCUCGUUCCUGGAAAAGAAAAAAAGUUUUUAAUAAAGCACUAUGGUCCAUCGAUAUUGGAUUUUCCAAUGGAUCCUCUGGAUCUUCUGGACAACAGGAAUAAGCAGAGGAUCGGACGUUCAAUGUCCGACCCAAGGAAAUUGCACCUGCAUCCCGACGUUCACUAGAGAUUACCAAAUAGAAUGUAGAGAUCAGACGAAUUCGGCUUUUGUAUUCUACGUGCAACCAAAUGAACACUUGAGAAUCGAAUGUCAAAAUUCUCCGAAAUGGGCCGACUUCCCUGUAUUAAACGUGUUACGACCGAUGAAAAUGAAUUACUUGUCGUUUAGAAUAUGCGAUCUGCCCACGAACAUUAGUCUGGGAGAGAUAUCGAGAUCAUUAGGCGUACUCGAAACAAAGAAAUUGACAUUCCAAUCUUACGGCAAUUUGACCUCGAAGCUUACCAAAGAACACCUCUCAGGCUAUCCAGAUUUGCAAAGACUGACCUUGUCCAGCAAUAAUUUGACCAAACUCCCUCGAAAUCUAUUCGAAAAUAUACCGAAACUUGUCUGGCUCGACCUGAGGGAGAACAAUGUACAACUGCCCGCCGGGAUAUUCAAAAGCACUCCAGAAUUGGAGGUCUUAGAAUUAGGAGAUAACAACAUAGCAGAAAUACCUCAAGGACUGUUCAGCUCCUUAGGCAAACUCAGAUUUUUAAAUUUAUGGCGAAACAAAUUCAGAAAAUUGCCUGCAAAAAUAUUCGACAAGUUAGAUUCUCUAAAUUCCUUAGAUUUAAACUCUAACAACUUGGAGAGUUUGCCCAAAGGAAUUUUUCACGAUUUAAAAAAGUUGGAGACCUUGAAUCUGUUUAUGAACAAUUUUUCUCAAAACGGUUUACCCGAAGGUUUGCUAGAAAAGACGAGUAAGCUUAAUACUUUUAAACUUUACAGUAAUAAAAGAAAUCUGACCAGUCUACCUAAGGGCUUUCUCGCCAAUCUGACUCAGCUGCAUACGGUCGAAUUAAAAAGAAACGGAUUGGUAGAAUUACCCGAAGAUUUAUUUUACAAUUCUGUAAACUUGGUCAAUAUUAGUAUACAGAGAAAUUAUUUAGCGCAUCUGCCUGAGAGGUUGUUUUCUGGUUUAAGGCAGCUAAAAAGAUUGGAAUUAAAUUUUAAUGAAUUGACGACACUGCUGGACGGAACGUUCGAGGACUUGGAAAGUCUAGAGUCGUUGAACCUGUCGAGGAAUCAUCUGGAAUCGAUUUCGAGAAAUCUGUUGAGGAGCUUAAGAUCGCUAAAAACGUUGGAUAUGUCUCGAAAUCGUUUAAAAAUCAUUGAGGACACUAGCUUCAAUUACCUGGACAAUCUACGGGUCGCAAUAUUUUCAGAUAAUCAGUUAACAUUCAAUACGUCGCCGUCUUUCUUCCACGAGUUUGGAAAGAAUUCACCUUUCCAUGCUUGCAUAAAUCUGGAGGAAUUGCAUCUGGCGAGAAAUAAUAUAACAGAGAUAUUCAACGAUUGGGUCGUAAUCACCUUAAAAUUGAGGAUUCUUGAUCUGAGUCACAAUCAGAUUCCUCAAAUAGUGGCGGAAGAUCUUCAAUUUUUGUCGAACAACAUUCGAGUGGAUCUCCGUGACAACUUGAUAAGACAAAUAUCUUUGGCAACAGCAGAAAGAAUCUCUAGAUUUCAAAUGAAUCCCCGUGAUGUCAUUAUACUCGUCGACCGUAAUCCUUUAGAUUGCGAUUGCGAGGUUUACAAUUUGAUUCGAUACCUGGAAGGAGAUAUGCCGUUCGCUUCGAAUUAUUUUCACAUUGAAAUAGAUAAUCUAACAUGCGAGAGUCCACAGUGGCUGAAGAACGUAGCAGUCAGAGAUCUUAAAUCAAAGUACUUUAAAUGCGAAGUCGAGGAACCCUGCCCGUCAGACUGCAAAUGUUACAGCGAACCGAAAUAUUCAGAAUUCGUUGUAGAUUGUUCUUACAAAAAUUUAAUGAACCCACCGAAUGAAAUCAAGAGCCUGGAGGGACACCGACUGGUCGUCGAUUUAACCGGAAACGGAUUAAAAGAUUUGAACUGGCAAUUAGGUGCUGAUACGGAGAUGUAUAAAUUAUUAUUGGGGAACAAUAGUUUAAGGGAGCUGGACUCGAAAGAACUACCUAAAAAUUUGAGUGUGCUCGAACUGCAUAGUAACAACCUGACCUACUUGAGCCCUUCCACUCUCCGUUACUUAAGUCACAGCAAUUUAUCUGCUAUAACUUUGGACGACAAUCCAUGGGAGUGUAAUUGCAAUUCUCUCGAUUUCCUGAACUUCAUCCAAACGAAAAUCAGUACUAUUUCCCAAUCGGAUAGAAUAAGGUGCAGAAAUCGUAACAAACCUGUGAUAAAGAUGAUAGCUGCCGAUUUAUGUCCAACGAAUACGACCACGAUAAUGAUCAUAUGCGGAACGGUAGCGCUUUUGGGAAUAAUUUUCGGAUCUGUGGCAGCGCUCUAUUACAGAUACCAGAAAGAGAUAAAAAUAUGGCUGUAUUCACAUCAAAUUUGCCUGUUCCUAGUCACGGAAAAUGAGUUGGACAAAGACAAAACGUACGACGCGUUCAUAAGUUAUUCUCACAAAGACGAAGAGUUCGUCGUAAACGAGUUGGUGCCGAAACUGGAGAACGGUCCUCGGAAAUAUAAACUGUGUCUCCACUUCCGCGAUUGGUUGGCAGGAGAAUGGAUACCUAAUCAAAUUGCAAGAUCCGUCGAGGAUUCAAGGAGAACCGUAGUCAUCUUAUCGCCAAACUUUUUGGAGAGCGUUUGGGGUCGUAUGGAGUUCAGGGCUGCCCACAGACAAGCCUUGACCGAAGGACGAGCCAGAGUUAUUCUAGUUCUCUACGGAGACAUCGGGAACACCGAGGAUCUCGAUCCUGAAUUAAAAGCUUACAUCAGCAUGAACACGUAUGUCAAAUGGGGAGAUCCCUGGUUCUGGGAUAAAUUGAGAUACGCUUUGCCUCACUCUCAAAAGAACGCAAAUAGGAUAUUCGCGAGGAACAAGCCGACUAUACAGAUUGGUGAAAAGAACGAACUGAUUUACAACGCUAUUAACAAAUCGCCAACGACUACCACCCCACCGGCUGAUGCUAUCAACAUUAAAUUCAUAUGUGACGAUAAGAAAGACCUGAAUGGUGAGAAAUCGCCAAACAGCAAGACCGCAUUUAUACUAUCUUCGGAAGAGCUGAUUAAGUAUAAUUUGAAGAACAAAGUACAAUGUAGCACUGUAUGAGUGUACCAGAUUUCUCGACACAUGUGUACAAGGAACUUGUUGAUUAUCUGACUUAAUUUUUAUAUCGUUUUGUACAUAGACAAACAAGAUACUCUAGUAUUGUAUAUACUACAUAGAUAGAUACGUCAAUGCUCAUAAUAAAUAAUGCUCAUAAUAAUAAUUCACUGUAUGUAAAGCAUUCAAUUAAUGAAUUUAUCAAAAUCUAAGAAUGCUUCCUAUUCGAUCAAAUUUCGAUUGAACGAAUGACAAGUUGUUUCAAAUGAUAAGAAUAUUUAGCAACACUGAACAGUUGUAUAUUAAUAAAUAAAGAAUCUCUUUCUAUUAA